AGGGAGAAGAGGAGGGGGAGGCGGCGUUGGGGGCUUGCUGAGCCCGAGACAGCUGGAAAGGAUAAACAGAGGCGGGGGCCGCGGAGGUCUCGGGUCCCAGCCGGGCCGGGCAGUGCUGCGCUGCCUGGCGAGCGGCUCAGGCGGCCGUCCAGCCACUCUCUCACCUCCUGGAGGGGCCCCUGCCCUGGCACAGGGGUCAGGCCGCCCCCUGCAUGGAAGUUCUGGGGCUUCGUCCACUGGCUGCUGCGGCUGCUGAGCCUGCCUUGAGGAGGCCUGACAGGUAAUUUCAAUGCCUUCUCAAUGGAAAUGAACUCUGCUGGAAUGCUUGGAUUCACAGCAACACCAUCACUAACUUGCUUUCGUAGGCCCUAUUGUCAGAAGAUGGCAAAAGCAAAUAUUAUUGGAGACCUCAUUAGCAGGCAGCUCAAGGAAAAGGGUGCCCUCAGUUUUGAGCGACACUAUCAUGUUACCGACCCAUUCAUUCAGCGUCUGGGCUUGGAAGCAGAGCUGCAGGGUCAUGCUGGGUGUGUCAACUGCCUUGAAUGGAAUGAAAAGGGAAACUUGCUGGCCUCAGGCUCGGAUGACCAGCACACUAUUGUGUGGGAUCCUCUGCACCAUAAGAAACUCCUUUCCAUGCACACGGGGCAUACAGCAAACAUAUUCUCCGUCAAGUUCUUGCCACAUGCAGAGGACCGGAUACUUAUUACUGGGGCCGCUGAUUCCAAAGUGCAUGUCCAUGACUUGACUGUCAAAGAAACGAUCCAUAUGUUUGGGGAUCACAAAAACAGAGUCAAGCGUAUUGCCACAGCUCCGAUGUGGCCCAACACCUUCUGGAGUGCGGCUGAAGAUGGGCUAAUCAGACAGUAUGACUUGCGAGAGAAUAGCAAACACUCAGAAGUUCUGAUAGACCUGACAGAAUACUGUGGGCAGCUUGUGGAGGCAAAGUGUCUCACGGUCAAUCCCCAGGACAAUAACUACCUUGCAGUGGGAGCCAGCGGGCCGUUUGUCCGCAUUUACGACAUACGCAUGAUCCACAACCACAGAAAAAGCAUGAAACAAAACCCUGCUGCUGGUGUCCAUACCUUCUGUGAUCGACAGAAGCCUCUCCCAGACGGCGCUGCUCAGUACUACGUAGCAGGGCAUCUUCCAGUGAAAUUACCCGACUACAAUAACCGUUUGAGAGUUCUGGUAGCUACCUACGUCACUUUUAGUCCAGAUGGCACAGAGCUCUUAGUCAACAUGGGAGGAGAACAGGUUUACUUGUUUGACUUGACUUAUAAGCAGCGGCCAUAUACUUUUCUCCUGCCAAAAAAAUGCCACACUUCAGGAGAGGUGCAGAAUGGGAAAACGUCUGCCAAUGGCGUGUCGAAUGGCAUCCAUCUCCACAGCAAUGGGUUCCGGCUGUCUGAAGGGCGAGCCUAUGUCAGCCCACAGGUAGAGCUGCCUCCCUAUCUCGAAAAGAUUAAGCUGCAGGCCAAUGAGGCUUUCGCUUGCCAGCAGUGGACUCAAGCCAUCCAGCUCUACAGCAGAGGUGUCCAGAAAGCCCCCAACAACGCCAUGCUCUAUGGGAACCGAGCAGCUGCUUACAUGAAGCGCAAGUGGGAUGGAGAUCACUAUGAUGCGCUCCGAGACUGCCUAAGGGCCAUCUCCCUGAACCCUUGCCACUUGAAGGCUCACUUCCGCCUGGCCCGCUGCCUCUUUGAGCUGAAGUAUGUAGCAGAAGCCCUGGAAUGUUUGGAUGAUUUCAAAGGAAAAUUUCCUGAGCAAGCCCACAGCAGUGCUUGCGAUGCUCUGGACCGGGACAUCAAUGCUGCCCUUUUCUCCAAAAGUGAUAAUGGGGAAGACAAGAAAGGGAGUGGCCCCAUCUGGCUGCGAGCAACUGGCCGCAAGGAUUCAAUAUCUGAGGAUGAAAUGGUGCUUAGGGAGCGCAGCUACGACUACAAAUUCAGAUACUGUGGCCACUGCAACACCACUACAGACAUCAAAGAGGCAAACUUCUUUGGCAGCAAUGCGCAGUACAUCGUCAGUGGAUCUGACGAUGGUUCCUUCUUUAUCUGGGAGAAAGAAACAACGAACCUGGUGCGAGUGCUCCAGGGCGACGAGUCGAUUGUGAACUGCCUCCAGCCCCACCCGAGCUACUGCUUCCUGGCCACCAGUGGCAUCGAUCCGGUGGUACGGCUUUGGAAUCCCAGGCCAGAAAGCGAAGUACUGAACGGGCGAGUGGUAGAAGACAUGGAAGGUGCUUCCCAAGCCAACCAGAGGCGGAUGAAUGCUGAUCCCUUGGAGGUGAUGUUGAUGAACAUGGGCUACCGGAUCACAGGAAUGACUGGUGGUGGGUCAGGAGGCUCGGAUGACGAAGACAGCUCUGAGAAUCAGGUCCACUGCCGGACCAGCUAAAGCUGAAUGGCCUCUCCUUCCUUAUUUUUUUGUUUUGUUUUGUUUUGUUUGAAGGGAAAUCUAGUUUGCUCCGUUUGAACUUGGAACGACUGCACUGUUUCACACUAUGCACAGAAUGGGAUAUGCCAGCGAGGGCAGAAGUGACUGGGUUUGACUGCUGCUACAAUUUCUUCCUUUCCCUGUUCUAUUAAGCAGCCUGGUAAUGUGGUCUGUUGAGUUUUGCCCUCCCAGCAGAAGCUGUGAUUCCUUUUCCACCUUGUCUGUGAGCAGUGUACAACUGGUAACCUGUCCCUUCCUCCAGUGUGGCUGGAUGGUGGGAAGCAUUACCUACAUGAGUGUGUUUUGCAGAGAGGUGGUUGAAAACUCAAUAAAAUGUAAACUAGGGCAGGGAUUAUGGAAUGAUGUUCAAUGCUGCGAUCUCUGUCCGAAACUCAGCUUGCCUGCCACGCUAUGAGUUUGAAAUUCAGCCUCCACCCAACAGCUGGUGAAUAUGUACACGCAUCAAAAACACGGCCAUGAGAAGGUCGCUAAAUACACGGGCUCCCUCAGUGAACAUGCGUGGGGAAGUAGAGAAAGCUGGUAUUGGGCAGAGCGCCUCACUGUGGUUGGUACCCCACACUUUCCAUCUGUCUGCACACAGAAGAAACCAAGAGAAGACUGUAACAGUGGGAAGCUACAGCAUGAAGCUUGGCAGCUUAUAUAACGAGCAAGUAAAAUUAUCUGAUGUGGCAGCUUUUGGAAAACUAAGUUCCCAUCUCUCGGUAAGGAGUGGGGUCUUUGCUGAAAAAUCUCCUUGCCGGUGGAGACCAAGCUUCAAGAAAGUUAUACAGUACCAAUAUGAUAAUGGACUGGUUAAAGAUUUGGGAUAAAGCUGCCUCUUUCCUUAUUGCUGCUGUGACCUCCACUGCGCAGUUCUUUUUAUUCCUUUCUUUGUGAUUAAAUCCUAAAGAAUCUAUAGGAACUUCCUUUCUCAUCUAUUUACUGAUUCUUUUCAUGUUGUAGCUUUCUUUCCUUGAGUGAAUGUGGAAAAGAUACAUAACAAAGAUGUAUGUCCUUACAAAAUCUUUUAGGAAGGAAUUGUAUGUCAGCUGGAGCCCUUAGCAUUUUAUGUCAUUAAGGAUUUUUCUAGAACAGAAUGGCAUCAGUACCGCUGUCCACACAACCUGGGAUGCAGUGGUAAUGGGCAAGUGAGUUCAUUCCUGCCUUCUGUGGCUUACUCAGUUGGAACUGAAAGCAAAUCAGGUUAGUAUUGUGCUCACAUUCCUGGAUUCGUAACUGACUCAAAAAAAAAUCGCAGUGGAUUUUCUCAUCAACUAGUUUGGUCAACAAACCAUAGUUACCACAAUGUGUAUGUUAGAAAUCUGAUUGUCUCUAAAGUCACCAUCCCCAUCAGUAUCUCCUUAACAAACUAUGAUGUCAACGUGUGCCUCUUGUGCAAAUGAUAUGAUUAUUACAUCAGGAUGUCUGGUGCAAUUAUGUAAGUCACAUUAUUCGUACAACCAUCCCAUAACUGCCCAUAGUUCCCACGAAACAUCUUUCCUUGGUUUCUGCCUGCCUGCUCAUUCUGGCCAAAGAAUACCCUGCUGCAUACAUUUAGCAGUAGUCUUUCUAACCCAAGCAAGUCACUGUAGACCAGAUUUUUUUUUUCAAAAUGGCAACUUUAAGAUGUAUUCAUUUCAACUUCUAGAAUUCCCUAGCAAUUCUGGGAGUUGAAGUCGAUGCAUCGUAAAGUUGACCAGUUUGAACAUUUCUGCCCUAGACUAUCUCUUCCCAUUACAGUGUUUUCUGUGUCCUCUAUUCCUAUUUGGUUACUCCCAAUUCUUUUGUUAAUCUGAAAGAGGAGGGCUCCAUUCACAUCUUAGGAAACCUGAGGGCUUUUUUUUUUUCUUUUUCCAAAUAUCUGCCAGUGCCAACCCCAGGAAUUACUUUGUAUUGGCAAAGCACUUUCUUUAGCCUACAAGGUGAAGGGAUAAGAAAGCUGUGGUUUCCAGUUGUUGAUAUAAUUCUCACAAUCCCCCACAAUAGCCAUGCUGGCUUAAUCUCUGCUGGGAACUGGAAUUCAACCAUAAUUAGAGGGCUACAGAUACCUUCUCCCUGACCCUUGUAGAGAAUAAGAUACUAGGUUGGGUUGAUCUUUUUCUGACGUAGAACAAUGCUGGGGUUGAAAGUUAUAACACCAACUGCCAUUGUGCAUGGAACAAACUAUUGUGCUACUUUCCUAUUCAGUAAUUUUUAGAUAUAUGAAAUAUUCCAAGAAGCAAGAAGAAUGAAUUUUGUGUGUAACUGGGUACUUCGGAACUAAAUUAUUUUUCUAUAUUUUGAAGACAAGUGUUUUAUGUACAGGUUGUAGAGAGAAGUACCAGAGUACACAAGCCCCCACUUACACCUCCUUUGCAUGAAUAAGUCUUGAUAGCCUGAAAUUCCUCUCUGUCAAAUGCUUCCUCUUGAUCUGGAUUAUGUUCACGUUAAAAAAUUUGUAAAUCUGCCAUCAGGGCCCUACUGUAGCCAUAUUCACAAAGUAGCUACCAUGGUAAAAGUGUUAGUUCACAGAACAGCGACCAGGACAAGCAUAGUCACAAACAGUUGAGACAUUUACAGAAAUACAGUGGCUUAUUGCAAAACAUUCACCUCUUCAUUCUGUUUCCACAAUGCCUGUAGGCGCCCCGCAGUUUUUACUACAAGACUUUUUUAGGUUCCCAGGACAUUGCUGCAAAUAAAAAGGAUGCUAAAGACCGGUA